AUGACGAACGUGAUGUACGGAGUACUCCGAUACUAUAGACGGGUCCGCUGCAUGUACGAGAAUCCAGGCUUCGGCUCAAGAUUGGGCGUCUCACCGCACACACUCUCAACAAACACGGCUGUAUACCCAGAGACGCGGCUGUGCCUUGGAAGUGUUCAAGUCAGUCUAGAAUUUCUGGGUGUCACAAGUUUCGAGUUGAGGACGGCUACCGAGGAAAAAGUUAUGUUGUUGCUACAAAUUAUUGAGCCGGCCCGGUUCCUGGGCGGUAAGGUACGAGGGUUGGUAGGUGGCGCUAAGCCUGCAGGCUUCAGGAGUUCCCUUUGUGAGGAUAAUUAUGAUCGGCGCAUGGGUAAGAACGUACAGUACCUACACUACCAAUUCACAUGCCGCCAGCCACAGGAAAAGCAUGGCCCUCUCCACACCAGCCUCCUCCCGGCUCCGAUGACCGCCGUCGUUUCGGGGAAUCGGGGCGAGGCGUCAGGCGUCUACCACUCGGCACAUCCACCUCCACAUGCAACGAGCUGCAGCGUCCCGUGCGUCCGGUGAAGAUCUCUAUGCCUCUCCCUCACGGCUACUCCAUCAACCGGAAGAGGGCAGCGAGACAACCAAGGGAAAAGAAUUGCUGUGGAAUUCCAUAUCACAAUUCCCAAGCCUCAUUCGUCAUAACCCUUUUUUUCUUGUCUUACCCACGCCCCUGGUAGCUAGCUUCCGACUACACUAGGUACGGGGGAAAUGGUUGAAACCGCUAGGGAAAAAGGGAUGGCUUACCCGAGUACACAGUACCGGAUCGCCGCCAAAAAAAUAAGGUAACCAGCGGGAAUGGGCUUACAGUAAUCAGUAAACCUGCGGGCAACGUACCUACCUACCUACAAGGAAGACGGGUCUGGCAAGCAUUGAUGGUUUGUUUUUAUGUGGAGGGUUCGUGCGAGGGCCUGGGGUAAGGUUAG